AUGGUAUGUUCUCCAAAACUGGGUGUUCCCGCACUGUUCCGUUGGUUGAGCAAGAAGUAUCCGAAAAUUGUAACGUCUGUCAUUGAAGCGGAGGAGGAGGAAGUUCUCGACGCAGCUGGAGAUCCUAUCAAACUUCCCGUUGACAUCACACAACCUAAUCCCAAUGGCGCGGAAUUUGACAGCUUGUACUUGGAUAUGAACGGCAUCGUUCAUCCUUGUACUCAUCCCGAUGGCAAACCGGCUCCCGAAACAGAGGAGGAAAUGAUGCUUGAAGUCUUCAAAUACACCAACAGAGUGGUCAACAUGGUGCGGCCGCGCAAGCUUCUUUUCAUGGCUAUUGACGGCGUUGCGCCUCGUGCCAAAAUGAAUCAGCAGCGGAGUAGACGGUUCAGGAGCGCUCAAGAAGCAAAAGAUAAGGCGGAAGCUCGUAAACUUGCUGUCGCUGAGUGGGAAGCUAUGGGUAAGAUUAUCACCGACGACGAGAAAAGCAAGGAAGCUUGGGACUCUAAUGCUAUCACACCCGGCACGCCGUUCAUGGCCCUUCUAGCAGCGUCGUUACGGUACUGGGUCGUGGAGAAGAUGAACACUGAUCCAGGGUGGAAAGAUCUCCAAGUCAUCAUCUCAGAUGCAAGUGUGCCUGGAGAAGGAGAGCAUAAGAUUAUGGACUUCAUACGCAGACAGCGCACAAACCCCGGUCAUGACCCUAAUACUCGACAUGUAAUUUAUGGUUUGGAUGCUGAUCUCAUUAUGCUUGCCCUCGCGACCCAUGAACCAUAUUUCCGAGUGCUUCGGGAAGAUGUGUUUGCGCAGGACAAAGGUUCCGGCCUCCUCCACCGGAAAAAAAAACCGUUCAUUUUCCUCGAUGUCGCCAUUCUGCGCGAGUAUCUGGAAUCCGAGUUGAAUGUGAACAAUACACCCUUCCCUUUCGAUUUGGAACAGGCUAUUGAUGACUGGGUGUUGCUCAUAUUCUUUGUCGGCAACGAUUUCUUGCCGCAUUUGCCGUCACUUGAGAUUCGCGAAGGAGCGAUUGAUACUCUCUUGAGGAUCUGGAAGAUGGAGUUGCCCAGAAUGGGUGGAUAUCUGACGAACCAUGGUCAACUAGUGCUUAGUCGUGCACAGAUCAUAUUAGAGGGACUGGCGCGACGAGAAGAUGAGAUCUUCCGUAAGCGACAAGAGACUGAGCAACGUCAAGAUCAGGAAGCGAAGCGUCGUAGGAUUGAAAAGUCUGGGUCUGGAGAGAACGCCAUGGGCGAUAUUCAGUUCGCCGCCCCGUCUGCGAAACUUGGUCUGACUGCAUCCACUACAUCGCUAUCAUCUCUUCCCCAACGUGCAGAUAAUGCUUUUGCUGCUAAGGCCGACUCUAUUGGUCUCGGAGCGCCGCGUAAUGCUCAGUCUCUUGAAGUCGCUCCAGUUGCAGCGCAAGCACUGGCUGGUUCGAAUCGUGAUGUAGUUGCCAAUCGAGCUGCUAUACGGAUGGCGAACAUGAGUGCUGCAGAGAUGCUCAAGGCUGAGCUAUCUGGACUCAUUCCUGUGAAACAGAGUGCUUCUGCUCCUAAACCUGAGCCGGUUGUUCCUACCCCUCCACCCAAAACAGACGCUGAGCUUAUGGAUGAUGGAGACAUUCCAGGCCUUGGGAAUGCUCCAUCAGCACUUGAAUUUGUUGAUGAUGGGGCUGUUGACAUGGAUGUCGAGCCCAAGAAUCCUGUUACUCGUCCAGCUGAUGAGCCUGUAACACCUAUCGCUGGCGUCAAGCGGAAGCUUGAAGAUAUCGAGGGAGAGGAUACCGAUGAAGUGGUUGGCAUUGAUGAGGAAUCGUCUGAAGAUAACGAAGAUGCGUCUUACGCCCUGGUAGUCAAAGCAGAUGGCUCAGUUGAACAGGCCGAUAACGUGAGAUUGUAUGAACCCGGGUAUAAGAAGCGAUACUAUCAGCAAAAGUUUGGCCUAUCAGAAAAUGAUGAUGAUUUCCGUAAAAAGCUAACAAAACACUAUGUAGAAGGUAUUGCGUGGGUUCUGCAUUACUACUAUCAAGGGACCCCUUCAUGGCAAUGGUAUUACCCAUAUCAUUUUGCACCUUUCGCGUCGGACUUUGAAGGUUUGGAAAAUAUGCAACUGGAAUUUACUCUCGGACAGCCAUUCAAACCGUACGAGCAACUUAUGGGUGUUUUCCCCCCUGCUAGUCGCAAGCAUAUACCCGAAUCCUUCCAUGAUCUCAUGACAAACGAAGAAUCUCCGAUUCAUGAUUUCUACCCAUCAACCUUCCAGAUCGACAUGAAUGGGAAGAAGAUGUUGUGGCAAGGUGUUGCUCUCUUACCUUUCAUAGACGAGAAAAGGCUAUUGGAUGCGAUGGCCGAGCACUACCCUAAGCUCACUGAGGAUGAAGUCCGAAGAAACAGCUGGGGUCACGACGUCAUGUUUAUUGCGGAUGAACAUUCAAUGUAUCCAUUCUUCGAGGGAUUAUAUGGUAAGCGCAAGGAGAAAGAGUCUCAACCCAUGCCUACCAACCUGUCCAAGGGCAUCAGCGGUAGCGUUCUACCAAACCCCGAUUGUUUGCCUGGCUCGACAUAUUACUCCCCAUUGACUUCCAUGAAUCUGCAAGAUAUCAGAAACGAUCGUUCUCUCUCCGCGUUAUAUUUCUUCCCAAAGCAACUCUCUCCCCAUCGAUCGAUGUUUCUUCCGGGGGUUACAAAACCCGCAAGACAGCUUACUGGCGAGGAUCUAGCUCGGAGGGGUCGAGGACAUGGUCGAGGGGGCGGCAUGGAUCGUGGCGGUCGUGGACGAGGUGGUUAUCAGAAUGGCUCUUAUAACAACGGACAUGGGUACGGCAGCACUCAUGGCCAAUCACACACUGCGACAUCAUAUGUCUCGUCGUACACCACUCAGUCUCGAACGCCGUACACCCAGGGGCCCCAGCAAGGAUUCGGAGGCUAUGGCUCCAAUGGAAGGCCACCAAUUCAAAAUUAUGGUAACAAUUAUCCUGGCCAGACACGUGGUGGUCCACCUCCUCGAGGAGGCGCCCCUCCUUCGCGCGGAAUGCCACCAAACCGUGGUGGCCCUCCCCGUGGUGGCCCUCCUCGUGGUGGUAGUUCCGGCUAUGGAGGUUCUACCUCCUAUGCUCAAACCGCUCAUCAACCGCCAUAUGGCCGUGGAGGCUACUCUGGUGGGUACGGUGGCGGUGGCGGUGGGUAUGGUGGACAGGCGAAUAGUGGUUAUGGGGGUUAUGGAGGCUACGGUGGCCAGGCAAGCCGAGGUAUCUAUGGUGGUUCAGGAGGACAUGACAACAACAGCGGCAAUUAUAUGGGUUAUGGAAACCAGAAUGGCGGACAGGCCCGUGGUGGCUAUGGAGGCUACAAUGGAGGAGGUUAUCAGAACCCUUCAAGGGGCCGGGGCCGAGGAUUCUAGAGUAACUUAUAUACAUACUGCUUUUCGUUAAUAUUUUUCCUUCGCAGAUAUUUUGUAUUUUAGACCAUUGACAUAUAUUUUGCUGGUUUCUUUCCAAUUAUACUAACAAUCUGGACUCGCUACAUCGAUACGAAAAUGGCUGUACCGCCCUUUAAUAUCUGUUUUUUGGAUGUCAUGAG